UGAAUAAAGACUACCUGACACCGGUCACCGGCGUCGACUAGGUUCAAUUUGGUAUAACAAUCAGAGGCGCUUCGUCAGAUUCGUCCUAACGACUUAUCGUUAAAGAGCCCUCAAUUCAAUCAUAAUGACCCCACAAAGGGGAGGGAGAAUUCCCGGUAUCUGUAAUUGAAGAUUGUGGCCAGUUGGUCCCUAUUCAUUGUAGAGACACCCAAAUACAAAGCAUUCGUUCGUACGCAUUUCACCAGGAUUUAUUGUCAAUAAUUCUUUAUUGACGGCUGUUACUUAAGAUGCAGAAUUUAUUAUUACUAGUAUUGAUUUGCGGAACGAUGAUGAAUUUACCGACUGCUCGAGCUGUACCCCAGAUGACUGAUGCUCAGCUGGAGCGUACUUUGACCGACAGAAGCACCAUGCAGAGGCAUCUUAAAUGUGCACUUGGAGAGGGACCCUGCGAUCUAGUCGGCAGAAGAUUGAGAACAUUGGCACCGCUGGUGCUUCGAGGAUCGUGUCCACAAUGUUCCGUGCAAGAAACUAUUCAAAUCCGGCGAACUCUUGCCUUCAUACAAAGAAAUUACCCAUGGGAGUGGUCUAGAAUCCUGACUCAAGCAAUGGUGAUUUGCGCGGUGUUGUACGCAUGUGCAGCGCAAAAUGACAGACCACAAGUGACCGACACAGCCCUAGACGAUGCUCUCAAUGACAAGAGGUUCAUUCAGAGACAACUCAAAUGCGCUCUUGGCGAGGGCCCUUGUGACCCCAUUGGGAAAAGAUUAAAAACAUUAGCCCCGCUGGUGUUACGAGGCGCCUGCCCACAAUGUACACCGCAAGAAACCAAACAGAUCCAACGUACACUGUCGUACGUGCAACGCAACUACCCGCAGCAGUGGGCCAAGAUCGUCCGUCAGUAUGCUGGAUAACGAUCUUUACGAUACUUGUACAUGUAAAUAGUUCUCUUUAAUGUAGUUUUAACUUGUAAAAUAAUAAUUCAAUGGUUUUUUAAUGAAAAAGGAAAGGAUUUUGAGCAUAUCUGCCUGAUGCUAAACGGCUUAGCCUAACUCUUUAGAUGGGAGACAUCCCUUUAAGUUUGUUACAUAAACCACAACUUUAGAUUCGUUGAAAUCUGAUAUUUAGCAGGUAGAUAUGAGAUGUGGAGAUAGAUUUUAAUGUCUGCGGAUGUACAUUAAUAAAGAAUUUCUCAACAAUGGGAACGGAAAGGGGAGAUCAUAGGAACAGUGCGGCCGAAGCCACGGGAAACAGCUAGCGAGUAAAUAAAUUACAUACAACAAUAAACACGUACAUUUAAUAAUUAUAUUUUUCAAAGAUACCUAUUGAGUACAAAUUCAAAAUUAUUAUGGUUUAAUUUAACAUACCUAUGAGUUAUCUACGUAAUUAUGUGCCUAAUAAUACAUUUAAUAGAAUGCCCAGGUACGUAAUUAUUAUGAGUAUUAGGUACAAUAAUAAUAAUUAAAAACUGUAUUUGUGUUCUUAUUAAUGUAUUUAUUUACCUACUUCUUGUACUACAUGUAUGCAGAUAUAUGUGAAGGUAAUAUUAUAAAAAAGAGGUCUAUACUUAUAUUAUAUCUAUAUGAUACAUUAAUGCAGAGUGAUUUCGAAAUUAUUAGCAUUUUUAAGUCAGUUUUUUACUACUCCUACUUUGUACCAUUGCACGGGUACCAUGGUGGCGUCUGUAAUUCUAAAAAACUUUAUUUUUAAGUUAUUUUAGUACUGCUACACUAAAACAACGUAAAUGGCUAAGAGUAUAAAGAAUAACUGUAUUUAAAUAUGAUCAUUUCUGGUCUUUGGGUAUUAAUAGCCUCUGGGUUUUAAAUAAUUAUUUAUUCUUUUGGUGAUAGUGCAGGCUAUAGCCUGUUCAUAUAUGAAGAUACCUAUUUAGCUACUACCUAUUACUGAUACUGUAAAUAAAGAAUGAUGCUUUGGCUGGAAGAGAUUUGUUACAGAGAUGAGCCCAGCCUUGCUUAACAAGUUGCUAAACUUAUCGCUGUAUUUUUUUUUUCAAGUGUAAUAAAGAAUAUACAUAUUUUAUUUUAAUAAAAAUUUAACGAUACACAUGUAACAUGUCUAUAAAAAUGCGUACUUAUACUUUAGGACCAUAUAAAACAACCUAUUAAUGUAAGAUUAUAAUACCUACACAUAAUUUAUUAUAAUCAUUCUCAUUCAAAUGCAACAGUAACCUAUUUAAGUACAACGAUUUCAAUAAAAUUACUUUCACUCA